GGUUUUAAUAAUGCGACGCCACCAAUGUCCGGCAUUUUGCACGUUGAAAUGAAAAAAAACAAAUGGCAAAAACGUUAUUUUUACAUAAAGGAUGGAUCGUUAUACCACAGCAAGGAUCAGAAGGGAAAGGAUGAAAUGUUCCUUUGUUCAUUCGUGAGCUUCGAUGUGUAUGCGUGCACUAAAAUUGCAAAAAAAUCAAAGACAAAAUAUCCAUUUGCACUAAAAUCUCAAGACAAAAUUUCCAUGUUUGAAAAUCCUGAGAAUGAUUAUGUACACUUCCUUUGUGCUGAAAGUUUGGAAGCGAUGAACAACUGGAUUUUGAGCAUUAGGGCGGCAAAGAAUAAUGUAAUGCGUCAGGAAAGACCAGAGAUAUUUGUCGGAAUACCUGAAAAGAACAAACCCCCGGUCACAAUAAACCUUGAUAUGCCAUUAACUAAUGCGCUACCUGUAACUGUGGAAGAGUCUACUUCUUUAAUGAACGAAAUAACAUUCGAGUUAGCAGCACUUAAUGGAUCAUCGAAAGAAAGUCCAAUUUCACCGUUUCAGAGUGGAACAACUGUCCAGCAAUCAAGCGAAACUUUGCGCCAUCAUAUGCGUAAUCCUUCGGGUAAAUUAUUGGGUCUAGAUGAUUUUCUGGUGGAUCAUAUACCACCUGUACCUACAAUUAAAAAGGAGUCGUCUGAAGAUUUAAGGAAAAAGGAAUCUUCUGGACCGUUUAAAGGUGGUUCUUUAUUGGAUUAUGACGAAAAGAUUCCACCUAUCAAGCAACCUGAAGCUGAGGUCGUAACAUUUGUGAAAGGUUCAUUAUUGGCAUCAAAUGAAGGUUUGUUUGAACAAGCUAAAGAACGAGAAAAGGUUCGGCGAGCUAUGGGUGGUGUUGGGAUUCUCAAAGAUUCGAAUUCUAGUACAUUUGUUCAAAUGGAAGAAG